GAUACACAACCAGACAAAGACAUAAACGUGCCAAACAUGAAAAUAAUUAUGAGAAGGGAGUGAAUGGUUGAGCUUUGAGAAUUCUGACAGCUUUUAUGGGGAUAAGCCAGGAGGAAGUUACUUGGGGCACCUCUUAUUGUUGAGCUCAUACAUAUAAGUAAGCUUGUGCACUACUAGCGAUGCCAAGUGAACCAUAAAAGUUCUUCCAGCAAUGAUUUCCUUGGGGAGCUCAGUUGGGGGUUUCUCAUGGAUUUGUGAAGAACUUUAUUUGGGUUCUUACUGCCUUCAAAGAACAAUUGCAGACAGUGUAAACCUAUUCUUCCUCUGUUCAUUCUACCUAUUUUUGCUCAUAGCUAUCAUAGGAAAAUGUUCUACAAGAAGUAUUAGAAAAGAUUGGGUCUUGGUGGUAGUUUCACUAUGUUGUGCUCUUUCUAGCAUUCCUUAUUUUAGUGUGGGUUUAUGGAAUCUCAUGGCCAAAAAUGAUGAACUCAAUCAUAUGAGCUGGUUGGUUUUCAUUGUUAGAGGACUGCUUUGGAUCUCUUUUGCAGUUUCUUUGCAUGUUCAACGGUCCAAAUGGAUCAGUAUUCUAAACUCUUUUUGGUGGGCAUCCUCUUUUAUAUUUAUUUCAGUUCUGAAUGUCCAAAUUCUACUAAAGACACAUAGCAUUGAAAUUAUGGACAUGGUACCUUGGCCUAUUAGCUUUUUGCUUUUCCUCUGUGCUCUUAGGAACCUAAUUCGCUUUGUUUCUCAGCGUAAUAUAGACAACAAUCUAAAUGAACCUCUAUUAGCCAAAAAGGCUGAUAAAUGCCAAAAAGAAUUAGGCCAGGCUAGUUUUCUUGGAAAAUUAACAUUUUCUUGGAUUAAUAGUUUACUUAGCUUGGGCUACUCCAAACGAUUGGCUCUUGAAGACAUUCCCUCUCUGGUUCCUGAAGAUGAAGCCAAAUUUGCAUACCAAAAGUUUGCUGAUGCAUGGGAUUCUCUUUUAAGGGAAACAAACUCAAACAAUACCCGGAACUUGGUUCUUCGAGCCAUUGCAAAAGUUUACCUGAAAGAGAAUAUAUUCAUAGGCAUUUGUGCAUUUCUUAGGGCAAUUGCUGUAGUAGUUUCUCCUCUGAUACUCUACGCUUUUGUAAAUUACGCAAAUGGCAAUGAGAGGAACCUGGAUGAAGGUCUCUCUAUUGUGGGGUGUCUAGUUGUUACCAAGUUAGUUGAGUCUUUGUCUCAAAGGCACUGGUUCUUUGAUUCAAGGAGGUCGGGAAUGAGGAUGAGAUCAGCCUUAAUGGUGGCAGUCUACCAGAAACAGUUAAAACUUUCUAGUUUGGGAAGGAGAAGGCACUCAACUGGGGAGAUAGUGAAUUAUAUUGCAGUUGAUGCUUAUAGAAUGGGUGAAUUUCCUUGGUGGUUCCAUUCAUCAUGGAGCUUUGUACUUCAACUUUUCCUAGCCAUUGGCAUUCUUUUCUGGGUUGUGGGUCUAGGUGCACUUACAGGUCUAGUUCCUCUUCUCAUUUGUGGAAUUCUUAAUGUGCCUUUUGCAAAUAUGCUACAGAAGUGUCAAACUCAGUUUAUGAUUGCCCAAGAUGAGCGAUUAAGAUCCACUUCCGAGAUCCUAAACAAUAUGAAGAUCAUAAAGUUGCAAUCAUGGGAAGAGAAAUUCAAGAAUUUGAUUGAAUCCCGCCGCGAAAAUGAGUUCAAAUGGUUGGCUAAAGCACAGAUUGCAAAGGCUUUUGGCACACUGUUGUAUUGGAUGUCUCCAACCAUCAUUUCUUCAGUUGUCUUCUUAGGAUGUAUUAUUUUUGGAAGUGCCCCUCUAAAUGCUAGCACCAUCUUCACAGUUCUUGCAUCAAUGAGGACUAUGGGAGAGCCUGUGAGAAUGAUACCUGAAGCUCUUUCUUCUUUGAUCCAAGUGAAGGUAUCUUUUGAUCGUCUCAAUGCUUUUCUGCUUGAUGAUGAGCUAAAAAAUGAUGAAAUAAGGAGAAUUCCCUUUCAGAAGUCAGAUAAGAGUGUAAGGAUACAAUCAGGAAAUUUCAGUUGGGAUCCUGAAAUAAUGAUUCCGACCCUAAAAGAAGUGAACUUGGAAAUAAGAUGGGGGCAGAAAGUUGCUAUCUGUGGGCCAGUUGGAGCUGGGAAAUCAUCACUUCUAUAUGCUGUACUAGGGGAGAUACCAAAAAUUUCCGGAAUAGUAAAUGUAUUUGGAUCCAUUGCCUAUGUUUCUCAAACUUCUUGGAUACAAAGUGGGACUAUUCAAGAUAACAUACUGUAUGGAAAGCCUAUGGACAAGACUAGAUAUGAGAAGGCCAUAAAAGCAUGUGCUUUGGACAAGGACAUCAAUAAUUUCAACCAUGGUGAUCUCACAGAAAUAGGUCAGAGAGGGCUUAACAUGAGUGGGGGACAGAAACAAAGGAUUCAACUAGCUCGAGCUGUAUAUAACGAUGCUGAUAUCUAUCUCCUUGACGAUCCAUUCAGUGCAGUAGAUGCUCAUACAGCUACAAUUUUAUUUAAUGAUUGUGUCAUGGCUGCUCUUGAAAACAAAAUUGUCAUUCUAGUGACUCACCAAGUGGAGUUUCUCUCAGAAGUUGAUAAAAUUUUGGUUAUGAAUGGUGGUCAAAUUACUCAAUCAGGAAGCUAUGAGGAGCUCUUGACAGCUGGGACAGCAUUUGAACAGCUUGUGAAUGCUCAUAGAGAUGCAAUAACAGGACUGGGUCCUUCAAAUAACGGAACUAAAGAAGAAUCUCAGAAGUUAGAUAUGGUUCAGCCAGAGGUGUCUCAAGGGUCUUACCCCACUAAGGAAAACAGUGAGGGGGAGAUUGCUGUGAAGGGUCUACCAGGAGUACAACUAACAGAAGAAGAAGAAACAGAGAUUAAUGAUGUUGGAUGGAAGCCAUUCUGGGAUUAUAUCAUUGUCUCAAAGGGAUUGCUUCCUUUUUUCUUAGGUAUAGUAACUCAGGCUGGUUUUGUUGGUCUUCAGGCUGCUGCAACAUAUUGGCUAGCUCUGGGCAUUCAAAUUCCUAAAAUCACUAGUGUCAUCUUGAUUGGAGUCUACACUGCAAUUUCAACACUCAGUGCUGUCGCUGUAUAUGCAAGGUCUUUCCUUGCAGCUUAUCUUGGAUUAAAAGCUUCCAGAGCCUUUUUCUCCGGUUUUACCAAUGCUGUCUUUAAAGCUCCCAUGUUAUUUUUUGACUCAACCCCCAUUGGCCGGAUUUUGACUCGAGCUUCAUCAGAUUUGAGUAUUUUGGAUUAUGACAUACCUUUCUCCACAAUAUUUGUAGUGGCAGCAAGUACUGAACUUCUGAUUACAAUAGGAAUUAUGGCUUCUGUCACAUGGGAAGUUCUUAUUGUAGCCAUUCUUGCUAUGGUAGCUGCAAAAUAUGUUCAGGGGUAUUAUCAGCCCUCUGCGAGGGAAUUAAUAAGGAUAAAUGGAACUACAAAAGCACCUGUUAUGAAUUAUGCAGCUGAGACUUCACUUGGAGUGGUCACAAUUAGAGCUUUUAACAUGGCGGACAAGUUUUUUGAGAACUAUCUAAAGCUCACUGAUUCUGAUGCACGGCUUUUCUUCUAUUCAAAUGCAGCCAUGGAGUGGUUAGUUUUAAGAAUAGAAGUACUUCAGAAUUUGACCCUCUUUACUGCAGCUUUCCUUCUUGUGUUGCUUCCCAAGGGUUCUAUAGCUCCAGGACUUGUGGGACUCUCUCUUUCUUAUGCUCUAUCACUAACAGGAACCCAAAUUUUUCUGACUCGAUGGUAUUGCAGCUUAUCAAACUACAUCAUCUCAGUUGAACGGAUCAAACAAUUCAUGCACAUACCAUCAGAGCCUCCUGCUAUUGUGGAGGACAUGAGGCCACCGUCUUCAUGGCCUUCAAAGGGUAGGAUAGAGUUGCAAGCUUUGAAGAUAAGAUAUCGUCCAAAUUCUCCAUUAGUUCUCAAGGAUAUCACCUGCACUUUCAAAGAAGGGGCUAGAGUCGGAGUUGUGGGAAGAACAGGAAGUGGAAAAACUACACUUAUUAGUGCUUUAUUUCGUUUAGUAGAGCCUGCAAGCGGGAAAAUUCUUGUAGAUGGGCUUGACAUAUGCUCCAUUGGUUUGAAGGAUUUAAGGUUGAAACUCAGCAUCAUCCCUCAAGAGCCAACUCUUUUCAAGGGUAGUGUGCGGACUAACUUGGAUCCUCUAGGUCUUUACUCUGAUGAUGAUAUAUGGAAGGCUCUUGAGAAGUGUCUGCUUAAGGCAACAAUCAGCAGCCUACCUAAUCUGCUCGACUCUUCAGUGAGUGAUGAAGGUGAAAAUUGGAGUGCUGGGCAACGCCAACUCUUCUGCCUUGGUAGAGUCCUCCUUAAAAGGAAUAAAAUUCUAGUUCUUGAUGAAGCUACUGCUUCCAUUGAUUCUGCAACAGAUGCCAUUCUACAGAGAAUUAUCAGGCAGGAAUUCUUGGAAUGCACGGUGAUAACAGUAGCUCAUAGAGUUCCUACUGUUAUUGAUAGUGAUAUGGUCAUGGUCCUCUCCUAUGGGAAACUUAUAGAAUAUGAUGAGCCUUCGAAGCUUCUUGAGACUAACUCCUCCUUCGCUAAGCUUGUAGCUGAAUACUGGUCCAGCUGCAGGAGGAACUCCUACCAGGAUUUCAACAAAUAUCUACAAUAAUGUAGAUAAUGAUAAAUAAAGUAAAUAAAGCACACAUUCGGCAUGAAAAUGAGUGAUUUUUAUGUGACUUUAAAGCACGCUUAGGUGAUUACAUGUGACACAUGUUAUCCUCAGGUGUCAUCACAAAAUAGGACUCUUUGUGAAAGUAUUGGAAUAUUUGAUUAGUAUAUAGAAUCCCGUGAUACUUUCUAUUUUGUAAGCGGAUUUGCCUAUGGGCUAUGGGAAAAGAUGCAAUGCCAUAUUUUAAUAUUUGGAUAAUAUACCAUCAUUAUUGUUUAUAGGUGUGCAAC